CUAGACCAGGAAAACCAGGCGCUACGAAAUUUAAAGGUGCAGUGUGGCAUUUUUAAAUGGUUUAUUUAAAUUGCUGAAGCUGUGUGUUUCAGUAACAUUUGUAAUUUUGAUCUCAUAGGUCAGUAGAAGGUCUAAACAAAGUAGUUUCACUCCGAGGCGACAGUCAAUGGCGUACGACUCGGUUAGAAACGACAGGAGUGGGGGAAACGCUCCUUGGGUGCAUCACAUGCAACCGAAAGGAGGUUGGCCUGCGAAUUACAGCAGCUCGGAAAAUAACAACUGGAACAGCGCAAUGGUUACCGGCACCAGAGAAGCAGUUCCUUAUCCUGGCUACCCUUCAAACUACUGGUAUCCGCCAUCCCACACAGCCGGGCCUUAUUCAAAUGCCUAUCCUUCAAGGUCAGAGGUCAAUGGACAAGGAGCUUAUAACGCACAGACAAUGCCAGGUUAUCCAGAUGCUGUUUACAACCCAGCACAGUAUCCCCCAGGUCUCCUCCAUCCAUCCAAUCCCUUCUACUGUGGUAAUCAGCCUGCCCCAAGGCAGCCACCCUACCCAAGUCAAGGCUGUGCUGACCAGGGAGCUGGUGCAUCCAGUCAACUUCCCUCCCAGCAUUGCCCUUACCCUGUAUCUCAUUGUCAAGGGGCUCAUGGAUAUCCUCCAGCACCUUACCCUCACUACGGGGAUGGUGGUCACCCAUUGCCUCAGAAUUCUCCAUACCCCCACCAGCAGCCUCUGCAUCCCAGGCCACAGCCAGAGUCAUGGACUCACACAGGGGGCUAUGGGCAUGGAGCCCAGUCACAGUGGCAGCCCGAUGCCCAGCCCCCGCAGAACCACUAUGGGAACCCUCUCAUCUCACCCCACCCGCUGCCUGCGUGGACUGGAAGCGGAGCAGGCUCUUCUGUGCCCCAAUAUGACACACAGGAUCAACAGUACCCUGGUUAUCCCCCUCGAAACCAACCCAUGGGACCGAAACCACCACCUGUCAACCCUGGACCUGGUCAGAAAAAGGAGUUCAGUGCCCCUCCUCAGAUACACAAGACUGGAAAACGGCAGCAGGAGCCUAAGCCUUCUCAGGAUGAGAACCCUCCAGCAGCCCCUGGGGGGCCACCCCUGAGUGAAAACCCCAGCCUGGCACGGGUGCAGCAGGUGAUGGCACGAGUCUUCCUGCUACAGGAGGAUGUGGAUGAAUUUGUGGGCCAUAAAACAGACAAAAGCUACCGCUGCUUGGAGGAGCUGCUCACCAAAGAGCUCUUGGAGCUGGACUCUGUGGAGACAAAUGGGCAGGAGUCUGUCAGACAGGCCCGGAAGGUGGCAGUGCAGAAGAUCCAGGGCAUUCUUGAUCAGCUUGAGAAGAAGGCCUUUUGAAUCAACCUCCGGCUCCACCAUUCCAUACCUGCAACUCACCUUUCCUGCACUGCCACAAGAAAGACAUUGCUUACUCAGUGUCUAUAGGGUUUAAUGUGGACUGGUGGAAAUGUCAGCUCCAUAAACUGUCCUGAACACUCCAGCAGCAACUGUGCAGUUGUUCAUUUUUGACUCACUCUUUUUAGUUCUGGUCUCAUCUGCACUGGAACAUCUGAGGGGAUUUGUGGUGAGAGUUUUACACGGUAGCACAUUAAAGUGUAGCUAAAUCAAGUUUACAGCUAUGACUGUGUUUGUUUAAACCUUGCCAUGAAUGGGUUUUUUGGGAGAUAAAAACUUGUUUGCGGUUUGAAACAGCAGAACCAAUCCAUACAGAUUUACUUUUUUGUAGUUUGCACCAAAGUCAUAAUUUAGAUUGUACAUGAAAUUAUUUAAAAUAACAGUAUAUUUUUGUUUAAUAAAUUAGUGCCAUAAUAUUGGCAGGUGCUUUUUCAUAUUAGAAAAUUCAGAACAUUUCUCCGUAACCUUGCAUGGAAGGAAAUGUCUAAUUCGUUUGGGUUUUCUUUGUAUUGUGUAUUGUCUCAAAAUAGAGCAACAAUGUACAUCAGCUGCCUCUUUGAUAAUU